UUCCUCCCCCAUUCUGCCGACUGUGCUAUCCAGUGAAGCGCCGUUGGUUCUCUCAGCCUAAGGCAGUUGUCCCCGCCGCUGCGUCGCCCCUCUCGCUGCCUCGUCGCCUCGGCGCCGCCUCGCCGUCUCAGAGAGAGAGAGAGAGAGAGGUUUCUUCUUCUUCUUCAAUCCGUCCACUCUGCGCAUUGGUUUCCUGCUGCAAGACCAUUCCCUGUUAGAAAACCUUUUUAUUCCAGAAAAGGAAGGACCAGAUUUUUUGCAGUCUAUUCUUAUGGAUCUAGAGGCUGCACGAACUGCCCGGGAAUCUCUGGACCUGGCUUUUCAGAUGUCAAACAUUCUUGACACGGGGCUUGAUCGUCAUACCCUCUCCAUCCUUAUUUCCCUCUGUGAGUUAGGUGUGAAUCCCGAAGCAUUGGCUGCUGUUGUCAAGCAGCUCCGAAGGGAAUCUACUCCAUCCUCGUCUUCCGAGGGAGCAACUGCAUCAUCAUCCUUGCCUUAGAAGGAGGAGGAGGAGUUUCACUUGGCUUUCUUUUGAACAGUCUCUGUCUGCUACCAACAACAGAGUUAAUAGUCUUAUUUCACUUAGCUUUGCCCUGAACUUGAUGUGGUCUACAUAUUCUUUCUGUGAGACAACGUAUUCUUUCUUACGUUGAGCCAAUGGGCAAUGGCAUUGGCAUUAUGCUAAACUUGAAAGAAAAUGAUUUUUUUCCCCUUU